AAAGACAGGGUGAGAGUGAGAGAGAAGAGCUCAGACAGUAAUAAAUGAGUCUGUGAGUUUUAAACAAAAAGGAAACAAUGCUGGAGGAAGGAAAGGAGACCCAGGCCACUGAGGCCGAGGAGGACGAGGAUGAUGGGACAUUCACUAACAUAUCUCUGACAGAUGACACAGUGGCCAGUGGAUCUGCAGCCCUGUAUACUAAACAGGAGAACGAGCUUUUCAUCAUGAACUGCGACAUAGAUGGAGACAUGGAGAACCAGGUGGAGAUGGAGGAGAAGACAAGGUUAAUUAAUCAAGUUUUGGAACUUCAGCACACACUGGAAGACCUGUCGGCGCGGGUUGACGCAGUGAAGGAGGAGAACCUGAAGUUAAAGUCUGAGAACCAGGUUCUCGGUCAGUACAUUGAGAACCUCAUGUCUGCCUCCAGCGUCUUCCAGACCACUGACACCAAGAGCAAACGGAAGUGAGGUACACCCUGAAGUCCCAGGCCAGCAGCUGGGAGACGAGACCCACCGUGGAGAUAUGGAGAGGGAUUUGUUUUCUCAGCAGACCUGGGCGGUUUCUCUAACUGUUAGUGCUCACUUACCUGAGUCAAAACUAACAAUUUAAUAAUUAAAGAAACAAACUAGCUUUGUCACCUGUCCUACUGCCUCAGAAAUGGAUCCAUUUAAUGUUAGUCUGGCCCAGGUCUGCUUUGCAGCAGCUUCCUCUCCACACUACAGACGAGGUAGAUGCCACUCUUUAAUCACCAACACAAAAACAGAGGCAGACUAUGUAUAUGAGGUGGUUAAAGGUCUUUGAACCUUGAGUUUCUUCUAAAUGCGCUCUGUCAAAAAGUAGUUUCUGUAAAAUAACUCUUAGCUCUGCUUUACCUGCUUGGUUAUUUGUUUAUGGACAAAUCUGAUUUUCUGUUGUUUUCCCAACUUUCUGACAGUGUUCCUGUCUCAAAAACAAACCAUAAAUAUUACAAAUACUGACUGACCAUGAACCUCGUUUCAACACUGAUUUAUUUUAUUAUUUAUUUUUGUAAAAUAUUUUCUACGUCAGCUGGAUCUGAGUUUUCAGAAGUCUUGGAUGUCAUCAUGUCUACUACCCCUUUUCCACCAAUAUGGUACAGGUUCCGUUCUGUUUCCCACACCUGAUUUUAAACUGUUCAAAGCAUUUCUACCAAAAAUAAAUUAGUUCAGAACCUGGAAAAUUGGUUCUCAGUUGGAACCAAAAAAUAGCAGGUUUGUCUUAACCAAAGCACAGACUGUGACAACAGCAGUGGGUGUGUCAUAUUCUACAGGUUGGAAAGAGAGAAGGGAGAAGUCAAGUGAGAAAUCAUUGUGAAAAAAGUUUAUGCAGUGGUCUAAUUAAUAGUUUUCCUGUGCUUAUUUUUUUGAGUGAAAACAAGCAUCUGUAAUAAAAAAACAAAAUUGCAGGUAAUCAAAUCUGCGAUUUUGCUACUACAGUUUAUUUCUGUUGUGCAUUCUCAGUGCCCUACAUUGGUGACACAUCCUUGAUUAAAAUGGUUCCGCACAACUGCUGGAAACUCAGACUGGUUUGCUUUAUAGCAGCAAGAUUCCAAGAAUCAUGAACGGGACCGGUUCAAGAACGAGAGCUGUGGAAAAGGGUUAGAUUUGAAGCAUGACUGUAUUCCUCCAUUUAAAAGCUGGCAAACUGAACAGUAUUACUGAGAAUGAAAAAUGUAUUUUGAUCGCAUGAGGUUUUUUUUGUUUAAAAGUUGAGUAUAUCUAAUGAGAUGUCUCUAAAUCAUUUAAUUACAGACUGUAUAAAGCUACUGAGAACUUUUUAACCACAGAAGGUGGAUACUAGAUACAUGUAGGCACCACUGAGAGCUCAGCAACAAUGCAGGUACAAGCACAGAGAAACUAAGAGUUGUGUUAACUCCAUAAAAGUAAAGAUCUGAACUAAUAUCAGUGAUGUUUUUUUUUUGCAAGAGGUUGAACUUAUAAAUUAUAAUAUCGCAAGAUUUUCUUUCUGGACUUACUUGUAAUUAUUUUCAGUUGAUGAUGUCAUGAAUGAGUGUUAUGGCCCAAACUGUGAUGUAAGACAAAGGAAAUGGUGGAAAUGGUCAUAAAAGUUGCUGUGCUCUUUAAGAGACAAAUCCUGCAUAAAUUCAUUUUGUGUCUUACCCUUUAACGUCCAUGCGGGGAGGGGACUGGACAGGCCAGAUGACAGGAGGAGGUGAGACAAGGAGGCGCUCUAACUGCAAGCAGUAGAGAGGCUUUGAGUGCUAUUGAUCCACUCAGCCAGGCCUGCAAGAGGAGGAGUCUGACCGUAAAACGUGCUGAUGUCCUCAAUGUGCAGCAGAGUGGAGGGUGUGUCCUCCAGGACCACUGCUGCCUCAGACACAAAGACAAAAGUCAUGUCAUCUUUAAAUCUUUUAAUUCCCUUUAAAAUGAGGUAUCCAGUUCAGUGAUGUCUGGAAAGCAGUAAUUCAUGUGUAAGCAUCAGGCAACUAUGGUGCUGUCUGAAAGGGGAGGAUGUAGUAAUAACACAGGAGGCUAUAAACCCUGUUUAUGCUGUAAUGUAUUUAUUUUGAUAUUUUUUAACAGCUGUACUGUAAUAUUUCAUUCAUUUCUGUCUGAUGUGCUGAAUAUCCCAGACCUACACACACCCUGUUAUCAACUGUAAUGUGUGUGGACACCCUGCACCUUUGCCUUUAAACUUUUUUGUUUUAAUAAAAACCUAAGAUCAA